AUGCCUGCGAUGGGAGCAUCGUCCACAAGUUCAGGUGUACCACAGCUUUUUCGGCAUUUUAAAGCCAAUUCGAUGCCGGCUGUCGUGCAGCGUGCCAUGUUCAAUUUUGAUUCCAUGCUUCUGCAAGCUGCUCCUGCGAUGGCAUCGCGACCUCAUACUUUAGCAAAUCCAUUCUCACCUAGUACUUCUGCAGUUACCAAAAUUGACCAUCAGUCGCCACCGAUGAAGGUAAACAUUUUCUUAAUCAUUCGAUUCUGCCACAGUCACUUUGGUCUAAUUUCAUCAUUCUACGGUUUUUACCGCAUUUUUUAUGCGUUUAUGUAUGUAUGCGUAUUACGAUGACC